ACCUUUCACACAACCACUGCAGUCACCCCUACCUACUAUAGCUCAAACUCACGCAAUGAGCCACCAAGAACCUAGUAUCCUCUCCGAGGGAAAGGGAACGCUCUCCCUUCCUACCAACUCCAGCGGUCGCACCGGAGAGGUCGGGGGAAUAACCACUACCCCUAGGUUUCAUCGUUCCGAAUUCCUCAUUGUCAAGGAGACGGUCGAGAAUGUCCUAUGUUGGUUCAAGAGCCUUGCGGCCCUCAAAAACAUUAAAGAAGAACUAUCCUUCGGGGUGGAACUGGUCAGCCACCUCCUUUCGCUACCUAAAUUCGAUAAGAAAUACGGAGUAGAUCUCCAGGUUUUGAAGUACACUAUCGGCGAGCUUAGAGCGGGUCUCGCUACGGUUAAGGCAAGGGCCAUGGAGAAUGUGGAGGUUGCAAUCGGGGAGAAGAGGGAUAUCAAGAGGCAAAAAAGGAGGAGGGAAGAGAGAGUGGCUGCGGUGAGGGAGACCAUGGAGAGAACCGCUCGGUGGGUGGCAGAAGUGGCUGCAAGCGGAGCCUACAAUGGAGGUAGGAUAGCUGCACACAUCCAAGUUGUUUGGCCGUAUGUGGGUUAUAACGACUGAUUGUUUUAGUAAUAUAAGUGAUUUAGGUUUUUUAUUUUCUGGAGAAUGUAGUGUGAAAGCUUUCCACCCCCGCGCUGACCAGUUGUCUGCAGUGGAUGGAAGGAUGAAUGAAGAUGGAAUACUUUCUCGGUAAAUUAUUUGCAUGAUACACUUAGUCCGUGAACUUCCGUUCUGGGUGCCCUCAAGUGGCUUAACUUCGAUUGAAUACAACUGA